AUGACGAAUAUGCCACAUGACCCUAUGGAUAGCUUCCUGCCGGGUCCUGAUGCAAGCAUCGACGAUCGCCUUGCGCUCAGCCUAAAGGAACCUUAUUCGCGACAAGAUGCAGAAGAGGCCAUCGAUUUCGAGAUGGGGAGAGAAGAUACAGCCUGGUCGAUGUUCAUGUCUCUGCCACCAAGCAGUCCAGCCUUACCAAUUGAGGAAGCCCAAUCUGAGCAAGGGAAUCUAGAUACUAAAAUUCCUGCAUGGCCCCAUACAGAAUAUGUAGAAUCGGAUUUGAUCACGCACAAUCACGGUGAACAGGAGAAAACAAACAACGAUCAUACUUUGCCGGAGCUGUUCAAGGUCGAAGAAAAUGCUCAGAGAAACUCACCGCUACCAACAAAAAAGUACGAGCAAGUGCAUUUACGAGACGCGAAGCAACUGCUGGCUGAGAAAGCAGCGCAUCGGAAAAGAAAGAGGCAGAACAAAGCCAUGCGGACUUCUACCCCGCGAAAGCGCGCUUGCGGUAUCUCGACAUCCCUAAACAAGCGGGAUGUGAAAUCUGCCGAGCAGCGCACUGGAUUCGAUGAAACAACAUACCAAAGUAUUCCAGUGUCUCAAGAGCGACACGACCCUGCCAAUAUCACACAACCAUCCCUCUCGAACACUUCCACAACAACCCCUUUCCUCACGACCACCGAAUUAUCCACAGAUCCCUCCCUCCUCCCCAUCCCCCUAGGAUCCAGCACGACCUACUACACCGCGCAGCUCUCCUCCCUCACAGACUCUAUGUUCAAUACCCUCUGGCAGGACUGUCCUCAUAUCGACGUCCUGGAGACCAGCUUUUGGGAGUUCGUCCAGGCUCAAGUAGCAGCGUGGCCAUACGGGAAGUUGAGGAUUCUGGCGCAUAUGGGGAUUGUGCCGGGCUGGUGGUGGGUGAGGGAGUGGGUGAAUGUUUUGAUUGUAAUGGCGGGCUGGGGGGUAGAUGACCGGGAGAUGAUGGAGAGCUGGAUUUGGCAUGAACAGAGGAUUCAGAAGUGGAACGAGGGCAUGGGAGAUUGGGGGUGA